AUGGAGGUUGCCCGGACCUCCAUGUGCCAUGCCGGUGCCCCCCAGUUCUUGUGGCCUCAGGCAGUCCGCUACGCCGCGCACCAGCUGAACCUAUGGCCUAGUGACGCACGGCCACGGGUGACGCCGAUCUUCCUUUGGACAGGUUUUCCGGGCGUAGCAGCUGACUACCGCGUCUGGGGUUGUGUGUCGCACGUCACUCCGCAGUCGUCUCCCCCGCAGCGUCCAGUCUCUGUCAUGUCUGGGGGUGCGGGAGGUGCAGCAGUAGGGGGUGAGGGUACUGGGGCUGCUGGAGCUGGUGGCUCCGGCUCUGGGGGUGCUGGGGGUGUGGAUGGGGAGGUCCCUCCAGUGGAGGACACUGCUGCCUCGAGUCGGCAGCCUCGCCCCGCCUCACCCCCUGGCUUCCGUUACUCCCACAGUUCCCUCCCCGCUCGCCUCCGCAGCCGGUCGCUGAGGAGUCUGGGGGUGUUCCUGCUAGAGGUACUGGAGGCCCUGGGGGUGUUGUCGGUGGAGGUUCUGGUUCUGGGGGUGCUGGAGCUGGAGGCGCUGCCACCUUGGCGAAAACACAGCGCACUGUCCAUUUCCUGA